AUGUCUAAACGCUUGGUUCUAUUUUUGCUGCUGGCAAUUUUUCUGAACGUUGCAUCGUCGUUUCCUGCGAAAAAUGAAAAAAAUUCUCUUCCUGUUCCGCCUGCCGAGCUUUUCAACUUUUUGCGACAUUAUGGAUAUUUAGAACCGACGCCGGGCAACUCGGAAGCACUUUACGCGGAAGAAGCGGUGAUCGAGGCGAUUAAAAAUAUGCAAAAAUUCGGAGGACUUGAGACAACGGGAGAGUUGAAUAAUGAGACACUGAAUUUGUUGAUUGCGCCACGUUGCGGGAAAGUAGAUAUUGUGCCAAGAACUGAAAAUCCGAUGAGAAGAAGCAGGAGAUUUGUCGUUGGCGGGAUGGGUUGGAGGAAACGAAGAGUGACGUAUUACAUCGCAAAUUGGUCUCCAAAAAUUGGCACAGAAGAAAAAAUCGCUGACGACAUUCGACGCGCCUUCGAUGUUUGGGCUCAUUACAGCAACAUCAAAUUCAGUCGAGCCAAACGUCAUGAACGUGCUGACAUCAUAAUUUCCUUUGGAACGCGUUAUCAUGGCGACAAUUACCCUUUCGACGGUCCCGGAAACAUUUUAGCGCACGCAUUUUAUCCGUACGAAGACCCUUCGUAUGGCGGCGACGUUCAUUUCGACAACGAAGAAAAUUGGGUCGAAGGCGCCCAAACACUCCGUGAAGGCGUCGAUUUCCUCUCUGUCGCAAUUCACGAGCUCGGACACUCCCUUGGCUUGGCACACUCGCACGAUCCGUCAGCUGUGAUGUUUCCCUAUUAUCGGGGCGGAACAUCCGGACACGCAUUGCAAUACGACGACAUUCUCGGGAUGUACGAGUUGUACGUGAAGCAUCCAGUGACGGAAGAUGAGAAUGACCUUGAUGUGUCGCCGGAGAUUGAUAAAACAACGACAACAACGACGAUGAGAUCAAGUUCACGCAGAAGAAUGAAGACAACUACGACAAGAACGACGACGACAGAAAUGCCAGACGCCUCCAUAACGAGUGAUGAUGACAAGUUGAUGUCUCGCACGACGACAGACAAGCCAAUGGCGACUUUUGAAGGAGAUUAUGAGACCAUUGAGAAACAUAAAGAACGUUUUACUGUCACCCCAUCCAUCGUGCAAGACUUCACCCAAACAACUGACGAGCCAACAACCGUUCAAACUCCCUUCGAACCCCUUCCCGACAUCUGUCUCGGCAACUUUGACGCUGCUGGCGUGCUCCGUGGCGAAGUUUUCUUCUUCAAAGACGCUUACGUGUGGCGUCUCACACCAAAAUUGAAACUUAUCGACGGCUAUCCUACCUUAUGGAAAGAAGUUUUUCCCGGAUUUCCUUCUCACAUCCGAAAAAUCGACGCAUUGUACGAACGAGACACCGACAGUGCGAUAAUUUUCUUCACGGGAAACGUUUUUUGGGUCUUUGACGGGGAAAAAUUCAUUGAAAACAGCCCGCAAUCCAUCAGAAAAUACGGAAUUUCCGAAAAUUUCGAGAAAAUUGAUGCCGUUAUGCGAUGGGCGAAGAACAAUAAAACUUAUUUAUUCUCUGGGGAACACUUUUGGCGGUAUAAUGAUGAACUACAAAGACUCGAUGCAGGUUAUCCGAUGGAUAUGAGUCGAUGGUAUGGCAUUCCCGGAGGCUUAGAUGCUGCUUUGACACUUCAGAAUGGCAAAACUUACUUCUUUAAGCGGAACAAAUAUUGGCUUUUUAACAAUAAAUGGGUUCGACCUGAACGAACAUACCCCCGAAGAGCCUCCAAAGUGUGGCUCGGAUGUAAAUAAGUCAAAAAAUAGCAUUUUAAGACACUCGUAUAUCAAUUUUAUUGCAUUAACACGUUGCACAUAGCUGCAAAACUCGUAAAAAUAUAGAAUUUAACAAUAA